GUGCCGCUCUCGCUCACCGCCCAGCAGCUCUCGCCCGAGGAGGCCCGCACGUACAUGCGCUGGUACCUGGACAUCUUGGCGCGUGCCAACCUGCGCACCAUCGCCAUCUCCGACGUGUACCAGUUCCUCGGCAACUUCCGGCUCGCGCCCGCCACGCGCGCCAAGAUCAACCGCGUCUUCUCCAAGAUCCUCCUGCUGAUCAACAUCGGCGAGUUCUUCGCCGUGCUCCGCGUGGUGGCGCACGCGUUGCAGGGCCGCGAGCCCGCGCGGGCGCUCAUCCAGACGCCCACGCGCGUGCCGCGGCCGCCGUCCAUUCUCUCGCAAAAACGGCCCAGCGACGACGCCGCCGACGACACGGGCCGCGCGGGCGCGGUCUCCGCGCCGCUCGACAUCGACCUGUUCACGCAGUUCUUGUUGACCGGCGAGCGGCCCACCGACCGCGGCGCCGCGCCGCCGCGCAAGCGCAAGAGCGUCAAGUUCUGCGACCAGCUCGUGUCCGACAUCCGUGCCACGCCCGCGCCCGCGGAGCCCGCGUGGGACGACCUGCUCCCGAUGGACCAGUUGAUGUCGCGCAUGCACGUGGCGGCGGCGCCCGCCGCGGGCGCGGGCCUGUUGGCGGUGCCGUGGCGCAACGCGGCGGGCGCGUCGCCGGACCCCGAGGAGCGCCAGAUCCUCCGUGACAUGGCGCCGCAGAUGAACCACUUCCGGAACCUCCACUCCGUGGACACGAUCCUGGUGGGCGGCGUGCCGGCCACCAUCCACCUCCCGGAGCACUCGGACUUGUUCCUGCCGCGCAACGCGCUGCCGCAGCCGCCGUUGCUCCGGCCCAACAUGACGGGGCCGGCGCAGAUGGCGCAGAUGGGCCCGCCGCCGCUCCGCCCGAACGCCACGGGCCCGCACGACAUGGCCCGCUUCCUGUCGCCGCCGCCCCCCGGCGCGCCGCGCGUGUCCCUCCAGGCGUUCACGUCCCAGAUGGCGGGGCCCACCGUGGACAACACGCAGCAGAACGCGCGCAUCGGCGCCGUGUCGCCGCCGCCGACCCCGGCCUCGCGCCGCGCCCGCUCCGCGUCCCUGCCGAGCCCCGGCCCGCUCGCCUGGGACCCACCGGCGGGCCGGAACAGCGCCGCCUUCAACCCCCACCUCGCCGCGCCGGCCGCCACGCCCGGGCCCCCGGUGCCGGCCCGGUCACUGCUCGGCCAUGCGCACGGCACGCCGCCGCCGCCGCCGCCGCGCUCGAGGCGCGCAGGCAGCACGUCCUCCCCGGUGCCGCCGCCGCUCCCGGCCAAGAUCCCCAACGCGCCGCUCUACCAGGCGCCGCAGGGGAGCUCGAGCACGACAGACAUAUUGGACGAUUUGAAGGCCCUUCAGGAAGAGGUCGACAAGAUCAGGGACUUGACCGGCGGCUUCUAG